AUGGCUACCCUCGCGCCCAACUACAAUUUCCAGCCUCGAAGCUCGACAGAAACGGACCGGCGAUAUCUCCUCGCAGACAGCGUAGCACCGUCAGAGUCCGCAUCGAUCAUUACAGACUUCGCCGAUGAUGGGGGCGACCGCACACCUCGCGCACACUCGCCGGCGCCAUCGACCGCGCAGAAUGCAAUAGAUCAAAGGUUCCGCAUAGCAGCCAACAACAACAACUCCCACAAUCCUCUGGAACGACGAGAUACAAUCGCCGAUCCAACAGUAGUCCCGCAACAACCCUACAAAGGUUUCCCGUCUGAAGCCCACUAUCUAGCAGCCCUACAUGCUUGGGCUGAGGACAAGAAGUUUGUCCAGGUAGGCGACACCACAUUGCAUGGUUUCUACGGCCAUACGUCGAUGCAAGAGUACGCUGCUCGACCAGGGCAAGACUUCGGGAUCAAGAAGAAGUGGAGGGCAAGGAAGGAAGCUAAGCAAGCGAAGAAAGAGGAGAAGAUGUCUGAUGCGGAGCGGACGAGGAUUGCUGGGAGUAGGAGGAAUACUGUGACAUGA